AGAUCCGGCCAAGACGUCGUGGUCUUAAUGAACGUAUCUCGGGCGUCGGCAGGAAGGUACAAGUGUGAGGUCUUAGCCGAUCACCCGAGUUUUGAGAAGGAUUCUGAGAUCGCCAACAUGGAGGUUAUAGACGUACCCACGGAUUCCCCAUCGGUGGUCCUGCGUCGCCACCAGUGGUCUCCCGGCGAGAUCCUGGAGGCCAACUGCACCUCCCCGGGGGUGCGGCCUCCCCCCGAGCUCCACUGGUACAUCAACGGGGACAAGAUCCAACCCCAGCUGUCCCGCCUCCUCACAGCCGAGCCCAGGACCCACCGUGGCAUGAGGUCCAGGGGGUACAUCAACGCCCAAGACAUGAUAGAUGUCGGUCUCGUGGGCGGCGGCGCGGGCGGGGAUAUCAGGGACGACCUGGAGCACGACCACGACCAGAGCCUGUUUCAAGUCGUACCUCGAACCUCGGCCUUGAAGAUGAAGUUGCAGUCCGCCCACUUCAACGUCGAUGGCCAGGCUUCCCUCACCUGUGUGGUCACGCUGCCUGGUUUGUAUCACAGGUCAGCCGAGGUCCCCCUCACCCUCCCGGGAUUCCGCGCCGCAGCCCCGUCGCAGAAGCUGUACGGAGGCGCCCUUCGGAAUGGAGGAACUGCCCUGACGGUGGCCCUGUGUCUGACGGCGCUGAAGGUUCUCGCCUUGUAGUGUCCGCGAAGGGAUGGGCGAGCGGGCGAAGGACACAUCCUCUACAGGGACACGAGAGAGAGAGAGAGA